AUGCCGCCGGCCGGUCCUCACACAUCGACUCCUCCUCCACCGCACCCACAGCAGCAGCGUCAACUAAGACGCAGCCUGCGCACCGUACCCUCCGAUAUGUUCUCGCCCGUCUCCUCAGGCCCUUCCUCCCCGCCGCCGCCGGUACCACGCCGUCCAAGCAGCGCCAACCCCGUCCGCGAAGAGCAGCAGCAUUACCCCCCGUCCUCUUCCACUGCCUCCUCGUCAGCAAACGACGACGACGACGGACCCCACAGAGCCUCCCUCUCCGUCCAGCCCCUCGCCGUCUCGCGGCCUCGCCCGGACUCCACGAUCCUCCCCGGCUCGGACGGGGGCGACCCCUUCCUCCUGGACCCGCGACACUUCACCGCCGUCGUCCGCCGCGGCGACACCGUCCAGUACUGGCUGCCCGUCGAGCUGGUCAUCAGGGGCCAGCCGGGGCGGAGGUGCGUUCCGGAGGGUCACUGGGAGCGCCUCGUGGACCUGGCCGAGGACGUGAGCGUCUGCGCCAGCACCGGCGGGAAUGUGCAGCUCGUGACCGCCUGGUGCCAUGCCAGGGAGCUAGCUAGGAACGGGGAGCAUGCGAACUACGAGACUGCUCGGGACUGA